AUGCUGAAUUCGUCUUCCUCUGUUAUUGCCGAUGGUUCUGAUGUGAGCCCUCCUCAAGAUCUUCGAAAAGGCAAGACUUUUAUCGUCUCUUACCUUGUUGAUUCAUUGGGUUUAACUAAAAAAACUCGCAGAAUCGAUCUCAAGAGGUGUGGACUACUCCAAGAAGAGGUCCUCUCUGUGUUAAAGAGAUCUCGGAGAUGCAUUGGCUCUUCAGAUCAGAAGAUAUUCGACUCCGUUGAGACAUUUCUCGGCCUAGGAUUCACCAGAGAUGAGUUUGUGAUGAUGGUCACUAGAGAGACGAGAACAGAGAGAUAA